AUGUUGACCAUGCGCACUUAUGUUGUCACGUCUCCUUCCCUUGCCGCAGCUGUACAACGCGCGCACUCUACCUUGGACUUCGAUCCACUGGUCGUUGAGAUCAUUCCUCGCGUAUGUCGAACGAGCGCACAAACGAAAAAGAUACUGGAGGAUGCCAAAGCUAAAGAGGAAGGGCGUGUUCCUAUGCAACAAUUAAACCACUUCAGCAAUUUCCUGGAAAACAUCGAAGACAAUAUCGAUGUGGACUUGUUCAGGUUCAUUACAAGACCGCUGAUGGCUGCAUCUAUGCACGCUUUCUACGGCCCCCGAAAUCCUUUUGCGGUACAUCCAGAGCUAGUAGAGAAAUACUGGGAUUGGGAUCACAUGAACCUCGAGCUAGGUGCUGGGGUUUUGCCUCAGUUGACUACAAGAAAGGCUUAUCAAGGCCUCGAGGCCAUUGUUAAAGGCUUCAUCGAAUACACGAACAAUGGUUACCACAAGGAAGCCAACCCUCUAAUGCAAGAGAAGAAACGCAUGCAUAAUUCUGAAGGAAUAUCGGACGACGAGAAUGCGCGACUCGAAUUAGCCAUAAGCUUUGCAAUCAACUCCAACGCUGGGAUCACAUGCUUCUGGGUUCUGAACAACCUCUUCAGCCGCCCCCACCUACUUGGACAGAUUCGGAAUGAGAUUUACCAAAAUGCAUUUGAAGCUCCUGGAACUAUCUCAGUGAACAAGCUCCGAGAUACUUGCCCAUUGCUGAACUCGGUCUUUAGGGAAUCAGUCCGACUCAUCACCCCCAUGGUGUCGGCGCGAUAUAUAACCGAGGACACCAUUCUAGAAGAUAGCUACCUGCUACGUAAAGGUAGUCUCGUGCAAAUCGCUAACGGUGUUAUCCACGCCGAUACUAACAUCUGGGGCGAUGACGCUUCUAGAUUCAAUCCGCAUCGUUUUCUUUAUAGCCCAAGGGGUUCGAAAUCCAAUCAUGACGGCAGUAUCUCUAAUGAGAAAGCAAACAUAGUGCAUGCUGCUGCUUUUAGAGGCUUUGGUGGAGGAACAAACAUGUGUCCAGGACGCCACUUUGCGCAGAUGGAAGUUCUCGGUGCAACUGCUGCUUUAGCGUUGGGCUUUGACAUACAGCCUAUAUCGGGAAAGAGUCAGUUGCGAUGGGACCCACCAAGGAACGAGAACAAGUUUUCGCUGGCGCUGCUUAAGCCGUCGAGGGCCGUGAAUGUGAGGUUCUCAAGAAGGGCAGAAUUUAAGAUGGUGAAAUGGGUUUUGAAGGCUUGA